ACCCCUAAGUCUAAGCAACGGCCUUCUAAUCCUCCUCCUCUGGUUUCUCUCGCUCAUCCCCGUCAGUUUCAUUUUUCGGGUUUUCGAUUUUGUUGUUUUCUUGAAUUUUCGGUCUUACACCCCCCCCCCCCCCCCGGCCCCCAUUGCUCGUAGGUUGGCAUCGACGCGAAACUGAGCCUGCUGAUUUUCAGGCCGGUAAGGAAUCAUCGUCGAUUUUUCGAAGGCUGGAAGGUUGGCAGUCUCUCUGAGGGCACGUUUAUUGGCAUUUGGUUUUGCAUAAAUCUGAUGGUUUUGGACUGCAGGAGGCAGAACCAAGACAAUUUUUAGUUAUGGGAUCGGCAGAUGAGGGAAAUAGGUUAAGCCCUCCCUCCUCUUCCCCCUCCACCUCGUUACCAACAUUUUUGGACACUCCCCACGAAGAGUCCACCACGGAAGCAGCCCCCAAAACCACAACGACCUUGCAACAACCUGAUCAGGACAACAAUGUCGUAGAAACUUUGGAUCCCGGAUUCAAUCAGACAACAUUACAAGGUGUGGAACAUGGAGAUGGAACAAGAGACAGCGAUACGAAGAAAAGCCCUGCAGCUACAACUCACUGUGGAAUUGAUAUUGCAGGCAAAGGAAGCAGCGGGUCAGGCGGAUUAGACCCGUCCAAUCAGUUGAAUGAGUUGAGGACGGAUCCAAUUACCGCUCUAGGCGAAGCUAACACUUCUACCGUAGGAGAAAAUUUAAGUUACUCUCAGGUAUCUGAUUGUUCCGAAGCCUUUGAAUUGGGUGCAAAUGCAGCCACUGACGAGGAUUUUGCCGCCUAUGCGGGCACAGAGCCCGCACAGGACGUGCAACCUAGUGAUGGACUAGAAGGGUCGCAUUCUCAACCAGCAGUUGAUGCAAGCGGUUCAGCAACACAAUCUCCGCCAACGCAGGUGAUGGAGAGGCCAGGCGACCCUACAUCCUCACCGUAUAGGAUUCCGGAUUACGUGUUUGCUAGGAACAAAUCAACAUCCCCAAUGGAAUGGAGCCCCGCUUCCAACGAGUCAUUGUUCAGCAUUCAGAUGGGAAAUAUGAGUUUUACCAGGGACGAGUUUAACUGGUUGUGUAAAUCCGGUGAAUUGGGUUUACCUGGUGAGGUAAGUUACUUGCCUAGUGGUCCAUGCAGCAUUGACUUCACAAGCAACCAGCCUCCGGCUAAGCAAACGGCGCAAUCAGCAGAGAAUGCUUCCAAUAACAAAGGCAAUGUGAAGGAGGAGCCGAGCCUGAGGGCAACCGAAGCGAAAGCUGUGGAAACCAUGAGAGAAGUUAUAAGGGAAAAUGCAGAAAGUCAUGAGAAGGAGAAGGCACCCACCGCGGGCGAGGGCGGCAAGUAUCAUUCAGCUUGCCUCUCUCAUGUUUCGGAUGGAAGUACAAAAUCUUUUGCAUUCCCAAUAUUGGCAGGGGACGGAGACAUAAAUGUUUCGCUACGGGGAGAAGGAGCGAAACACAAGCACCAACCGGGGUCAAAGCCAACGUCUCAGCGACAAUCGCAGCCGCAGACACGGGAAGAAACACCGGAAGCAUCUUCUCAGGCCUCGAAACCAACCCCAAUUGAACCCAAGUGCAGAUGGGGGCUGUCUUGCUUCUCUUGUUGCCCAUCAUGCUGUACUUAGCGAGAGUGGGGAAUUCGGAAUUUGAAUAUUGGGGUCUGAAUGGUAAGGGCAUAAGUUUUUAAGAUAGAAACAUAGCUCGAGCGUAAACAAACUUCAGUUCACUCAUGGAGGCAUUUCAUGGAAUAUUUGGUGGGCUUGUUGCCUAGCCGUGUCACAUACACCAACAUAUAUCGACAUUUGUCAAAGCAAUUGACGAGUGCUGUCGAGAGUAACUGUUGAGUGUUGUCGAUGUAACUUGAUUGCUAUCAAGAUAUGCUUAGCAUGUAUUACAUCAAACGCUUGGUGAGCACAAAAAGGACUCAUACCAUACAUUCGGAGUGUCCUAAAAACUUUCACAUGAUUAUUUCCUGGCAUCCAAGUGGUCUCAGAGUGGUCCUGAGACCACUUUGGUUCCAAUGUACAUCCGCCCUAUUGCUUAGAGGGAAAAGUUAUUAACACUUGCAACAAAAAGAAUUGAAAAAAAAAAAGAGAAAACAAAAUAUAGAUUAGGAGUUUAUCUCUUGUUGUUGUACAUUAUAUAUGGUUAUACGUAUUCACAUAUUAUUUUCUCUCCUUGGAGUUGUAUGUGAGGUUAACAUGUUUUUUAGCAUUAAUAGAGAUUAAUUAAACUGAUUAUU